GCUUUGAGGGUUUGAACCUUUGUUGAGACAAAUAAAGAUCAGGCCUCCUGGCUGCUGUUUGAUUCUAUAUUUGCUUGGCUGUGUCUGUACUGCUUGAACCUGACCGAUUCAGGAAUCCGCAGGAGGAAGUUGGGAAAACGCUUUAAGUAUAGUGCACCCCAAGAAUUUGACUUUAUCAGUGUGCAAAAAUUCUGGGCUUCUCCAUUAAUUUCUAUGGGCAGCUCCCUCUUCACGCUAAAGCACGAAAAAGCCUCAGAGCAACCGGAAGCUCUUCUAUACGCCUCUCUUCCGGAACUUUACGGAUCAGAUCGUGUUGGGAGGAAGUUGUCUGAGUGACAGCAAAGCGGACCACUAAUAUUUGCUACUCGACAGGGAAACGGCAAAUAGAUCAGGCGGACCAAUAGAAAGCGCUAGCAUUUUGGCGGGAAAUUUCAAAUGUCAGGAUACUUAAUAAGAGACGGUAGAGGGAACAUUAGUCCAUGGUGCCCCCGCUCCCCAGCAGCUAUUAAAACGGAAUAAAACAGCGACUGGCACCGUUGGCCCUGGUGUGACGAAGAUCCAACUGAGGAAGCGGAGAAUUGCGGCGAAGAGCAGUGAAUGGCCCAAUGGAUGCCGGAAAUGUGCGUGAAGCAUUGAUAAGCGUCUUAUUUGGCCAAUGACAAGCCAGGUGAGGUGGGGCUUCUUGGUAUCGGCGGCAAUAGUUAUUUGACAUCCAGUUAUCCAAUGGGAAAGGCAUGAUGUUUCUGGAAUUGCAGCGGCCAUUGAGUUGGGCAGCGGUUCUUCCCAAAGGGCGCGACUGAAGGAGGAACAUACGAAAAUUUGACAGACACCAAAUUCUCCCAAUAGGGGGCUGGGGAACCGGGCCGCGUCCUCAUUCGACUCUGUAAGGCGGGAGCAACAUUUAACAGAUACCAGCUUCGCCCAAUCGGCUGAGGGGCGAGCCCCCUCCCGUGAAAGGAGGGAGUCUUCCCGGCCUAGUCGAUCCAAUAGGAGCCCGGGAGGGAUUUUGAGAGGCACUUCCCUCCGAGCCAAUCAAGCCCUCAGCAUGCGGGUGGGAAAGCGGGGCAGGCAAGGCUUCGCUCGAGGGGCACAAUGGACGCACAACGGGAGGGAGGCGGGAGCUGCCUUUGAUUGACGGCCCCGGCCGCCCAACGGCGCGUCGCGGGAGCCGGGCCGGGGAGUGACAGGCUUUCAAAGGGGCAAAUGGCGCGGGGAAAGGGGAGGGCGCGUGGCGUGAUGCGGUCGCAGCAGCGAUAGCCGAAGAGAGUGAGAAACAGGAGCGCGCGAGCAGGUAGGUGAGCGGAAGAAAGAAUGAAAGGGAUCAGAGCGGCGGGGGGGUGGGGGAGGAAUGUCCGUUGGGGGGAGGCCUGGCGCGCGCGCGGGCUUCGGUUGGAAGGGGAGGGAUGCGCGCGCGUCCCGGGGGGGGGCGGUUCUGUGAGGUGAGAGGAGGGAAAAGAGUCUCCCCAGCCCUAUUCCCUCCCAAUAUGUGGGGUGGGGGGGUCCUUUUGCGUGGGGAUAAGGUGGUUGUGAGGAGAGGGGAAGCUGAGGUAAAAGCGAGGGCUUUUCCCUCGCAGUCAGAGCGGGCACUCGCCUCGCCUUCUCUCACCUCACUUUUUAAUCCUAAAUCUUAACUGCCCACCCAAACAAAGACUCGCACGAAAAGGACUCGCCCCAACGCUUGUCUUGUCCUAAGUUCCAGUCUUCCCUUUUUUAAAAAAAGUCUUUUCCCUGAAAAAGACGAAAAUGCCCUCUCCCCCCCCCCCCACGUGCCCUCUCCUCUUUCAUCUUAAAAUGCCACACACACACUGUCAGGAAAAAAUAAGAAUACCGAAACACUGGAGAGCAUCCUCUGCUCCCUAUUUCCUUUUUAUUUCUUCAGUCUCCCUGAAACACUGAAAAGAAAUCCCUCUUCCCCACAUUUCCUUGCCUUUCGCCCUGUAUUGUGACACCUUUUCUCUCCCCAUUUCCAGCCCUAAUUACUUUCCUGCCUUCUCACACAUAUCUAGGACACUCACCUUCUUUUUUCCUCUCCUGCCAACUACAAUCUGAAAGGAGGACUAGAAAUAUAAACAAAUGCUGUAUUACAGAGCUUUCUGCACUUCUCAUGUUGGUGACACACAUUUGAGACAUGCAUCAUUUUGUGACACAGCAAUUCAGUUUUACUAGCAAACCGGAGGUUAAACUAACCCCUUUCCAGCCCCGGGAAGAGCAUGGGGAGCGUUCGCACAACACACCUACACACUGCAGCUGACACACUUAACGUGUCAUAACACACAGUUUGGAAAGCUCUGCUGUAUUAGUUAGACCAGGGGUAGGCAACCUAACGCUCAUGGGCCACAAGCGGCCCAUGGGGGUCAUUUAACUGGCCCACGAGCCUCCCAUGAACCAAGCCAUCUUCUUGGCGAGUCCCUGCGCGCUGCUCUAAACCAGCAUGGCGCGUGGACUCGCUUCUGCGGUGCCGGAAAUCGCGUCUGCGCAUGCUCAGACGCCAAAAAUUGUGCCUGUGCAGAAGUAGACACCGGAAAUCAUGUCUGCGCAGAUGCAGAGGCUGGAAAUCGCUGCUGUGCGCACUCACAUGUGCAUGUGAUCCGGCCCACGGAGGGAUCUCCGCUGGAGUGAACCGGCCCAGGCGAGGUAAACCUUGCCGACCCCUGAGUUAGACAAAUUGUCUGGCCUAGUUCAAGGCAAUUACCUGGCCUCAACCCAUCAGGCUUCGGGGCCAGAACACAUGAUGCUAGCACUGACUGCCCAUGUAAGUGGUCUGCGCAAGGUGCUUCUUUCUGUGUGUAAAGUUACCAUGUGUGGCAGCCUAUUGGCUUUUUGAGUUGUCAUGCCCACAGUGACUGCCCUGAGCCAGUGAAGUACUGUUGUGCUAACUCUACAGGUGAAUGGGCCUAUCAGUGUGGUAAAUACGCUUAUGUGGUUAGCCACAUGAGGGGACACUUAGGUUACUAAUUGGCAGGGUGGAUAAAAAAAUCAACGAUUUAAAUCUUUUUUUUAUCGGCUUUUUUAAAAUUUAAAUUGGAUUUUUAAAAUAAAAUGCUUUUGAAGGAAAAUAUUUUCUAAAGAUAGUUUUCUAUUUAAGUUACCUUAUAGUCCAAAGGCCAUUCAUCAGGAAAUAAGAAUUUGUUUUAAGUUUUUCAUGUGUGCUAAAACUCAGUCUAAGGUUGUUGUUGUUUUUAAAAAAAUGUUUAACCACAUCAGUUAACAAACAUGGAUACAUAUGCCAUAAUGUUAGAGUUUUAGUUAAAUAAAUUGUGGGUGACCUGAUGGGAUACCUGCCAAAGUCUUCAAAAUGGGUAGAAUUGAAUUUGCACAACAACUUCACAAGCUCAUCAAAAAAAUCUGGGAGAGAGAAGAGAUCCCAGCAGAAUUUAGGGAUGCCAAAAUCAUCAAUCUCUUUAAAAAAGGUGACAGAACUGAUUGCGGAAACUAUUGAGGCUCCUCUCUAUUAGCUGCAGCUGGAAAAAUUCUUCCAAGGAUCUUAGCAAACCAUCUCUUAACAAUAUCCAAGGUGACCCUUCCUGAGUCCCAAAAUGGUUUUCGGCCUUCUAUGGGGACAAUGGACAUGAUUUUAACCGCUCGACAGCUUCAAGAAAAAUGCAGAGAGCAAAACCAAGCCCUGUAUAUGGGGUUUAUUGACCUGACUAAAGGCUUUUGACACUAAAUCGUAAUGCCCUGUGGACUGUCCUUCUGAAAAUUGGCUGCCCAGAUAAAUUUGUGAACAUCAUUCAGCUCCUCCAUGAUAAUAUGACAGCAACAAUCACAGAUCACAAUGGCUCUCAAAGUGAACCAUUCACAGUGGGAUCAGGUGUUAAACAGGGUUGUGUUAUCGCCCCAACUCUGUUCAUUAUUUUCAUUGCCAUGAUCUUACACUUAGUCGAAGGGGAACUCCCCACCGGAGUAGAAAUCAUAUAUCAAACAGAUGGAAAGCUCUUUAAUCUGAGCAGGCUGAAAGCAAAGAGUAAGGUUACUGUAACUUCCGUCAUAGAGCUUUAGUAUGCUGAUGACAAUGUAGUGUGUGCAUGCUCAGAGGAUGACCUCCAAACCAUCCUAAAUAUCUUCGCAGAAGCUUAUGAAAAGCUUGGCCUAUCGCUCAACAUCCAAAAAACCAAAGUGCUGUACAAAAUAACCCCUCUGCAGUGCCACAAAUCCAACUCAAUGGUGUAACAUUGGAAAAUGUCAAUCACUUCUCCUACCUAGCCAGUUAUCUUUCCACAAGGGCUGACAUUGAUGCCAAAAUCCAGCAUCGCCUGAGCUCUGCGAGUGUGGCUUUCUCUCAAUUGAAGUGCAGAGUGUUUGAGGACCGGGACAUUCGCAGGGAAACCAAAAUGGUUGUUUACAAAGCUAUUGUACUACCAACCUUACUGUAUGCUUGUGAAACAUGGACCACUUAUAAAUGCCAUCUCCAACUCCUUGAAAGAUUCCAUCAGUGGUGUCCGAAAAAAUUUACACAUCACUUGCGAAGACAGGCGAACUAACACCAGUGUACUGGAAGAAGCAAAGAUCACCAGUGUUGAAGCAAUGAUUCUUCAACAUCAACUUCGUUGGACUGAUCAUGUUGUGUGGAUGCCUGAUUAUCAUCUUCCAAAGCAACUACUGUAUUCCAAACUUAAAAAUGGAAAGCAUAAUGCUGGUGGUCAACAAACAUGUUUAAAGACUCUCUCAAGGCAAAUUUUAAAAAAUGUAGUACAAACACCAACAAUUGGGAAACACUUUCCUGCAAGCACUCCAAUUGGAGAACAGCCUUUACCCAAAGUGUCAUGGGCUUUGAAGACACUCAGACUCAGGAUGCAAGGGAGAUACGUGCUAAGAGGAAGGCACGCUUGGCAAAUCCACACCAUGAUGAACUCCUGCCCAGAAACCAAUGUCCGCACUGUGGAAGGACGUGUGGAUCCAGAAUUGGCCUCCACAGUCACUUACGGACUCAUUGUUAAAACCGUGUUUAUGGAAGACAGUCUUACUUGGCUACAAGUGAUCGCCACAGAAGAAGAUGAUUGGUGGAUGAAGCUUGGAUACCUCAGAAACCCUCUGUUAGUUGCUUGCUUGGCGCUUUGAGAGCAAUCCUUCACCUCUGUUAUGAGCUAGAUUCCAUGGUUGAUGGAGCUCCAAGCCUGCUUUCCAGAUAGUCGUCUCUUGCUUUGGAUACCUUUCUGAAGCACUGGGAGACAGUACAAUACCUGAGUCAAGAAUGAAGUGUCUCUUACAUUGUAGAAAUUUUAAUGUCCUAUGGAAUGUGUCCCCUUCAUGGAUCACUGCCUUGCCGUGGCGAAGGGGCUUGAAUAACUCGGAGAAACUAUGAACUAUGCCGAGCAGGGCACCCAAGAUGAACAGGUCAUAGUGGAGAGUUUGGACCAAACGUGAUCCACCUGGAGGAGGAACCGGCAAGCCACUCCAGUAUCCCUGCCAAGAAAACUCCAUGGACAAAGACAACAGGCAUAUAAAAGUUAUGACGCUGGAAGAUGAGCCCCUCAGGUCGGAAGGCGUCCAACAUGCUACUGGGGAAGAGCGGAGGACAAGUACAAGUAGAUCCAGAGCUGAUGAAGCGGCUGGGCCAAAGCCGAAAGGACGCUCAGUUGUGGAUAUGCCUGGAAGCGAAAGGAAAGUCCAAUGCUGUAAAGAAAAAUAUUGCAUAGGAACCUGGAAUGUAAGAACCAUGAACCAGGGUAAGUUGGAUGUGGUCAAAAAUGAGAUGGCAAGAAUAAAUAUUGACAUCCUGGGCAUCAGUGAACUAAAAUGGACAGGAAUGGGCGAAUUCAGUUCAGAUGACUAUCAUAUCUAUUACUGUGGGCAAGAAACCCGUAAAAGAAAAGGAGUGGCCCUCAUAGUCAACAAAAGAGUGGUGAAAGCUGUACUGGGAUGUAAUCUCAAAAAUGAUAGAAUGAUCUUGAUACGAAUCCAAGGCAGACCUUUUAACAUCACAGUAAUCCAAGUUUAUGUACCAACUACUGGUGCUGAAGAAACUGAAAUUGACCAAUUCUAUGAAGACUUACAAGACCUAAUAGAAGUGACACCAAAGAAGGAUGUUCUUCUCAUUAUAGGGGAUUGGUAUGCUAAAUCAAGAGAUAAAAGGAACAACUGGCAAGUUUGGCCUUGGAGAUCAAAACGAAGCAGGGCAAAGGGUAAUAGAGUUCUGUCAAGAGAACAAGCUGGUCAUCACAAACACGCUUUUCCAACAACACAAGAGACGACUCUACACAUGGACAUCACCAGAUGGGCAGCAUCGAAAUCAGAUUGAUUAUAUUCUCUGCAGCCAAAGAUGGAGAAGCUCUAUACAGUCAGCAAAAACAAGACCAGGAGCUGACUGUGGCUCAGAUCAUCAGCUUCUUAUAGCAAAAUUCAAGCUUAAACUGAAGAAAGUAGGAAAAACCACUGGGCCGGUAAGAUACAAUCUAAACCAAAUCCCUUAUGAAUACACAGUGGAAGUGAGGAACAGGUUUAAGGAUUUAGAUCUGGUGGACAGAGUGCCUGAAGAACUAUGGAUGGAGGCUCGCAACAUUAUACAGGAGGCAGCAACGAAAACCAUCCCAAUGAAAAGGAAAUGCAAGAAAGCAAAGUGGCUGUCCAACAAGGCCUUACAAAUAGCGGGGGAGAGAAGGCAAGCAAAAUGCAAGGGAGAUAGUGAAAGAUACAGGAAAUUGAAUGCAGAUUUCCAAAAAUAGCAAGGAGAGACAAGAAGGCCUUCUUAAACGAGCAAUGCAAAGAAAUAGAGGAAAACAACAGAAUGGGAAGAACCAGAGAGCUGUUCAAGAAAAUUGGAGAUAUGAAAGGAACAUUUCGUACAAAGAUUACCAUAAUAAAGGACAAAAGUGGUAAGGACCUAACAGAAGCAGAAGACAUCAAGAAGAGGUGGCAAGAAUACACAGAGGAAUUAUACCAGAAAGAUAUGGAUGUCUCGUACACCCCAGGUAGUGUGGCUGCUGACCUUGAGCCAGACAUCCUGGAGAGUCAAAUGGGCCUUAGAAAGCACUGCAAAUAACAAGGCCAGUGGAAGUGAUGGUAUUCCAGCUGAACUAUUUAAAAUUUUAAAAGAUGAUGCUGUUAAGGUGCUACACUCAAUAUGCCAGCAAGUUUGGAAAACUCAGCAGUGGCCAGAGGAUUGGAGAAGAUCAGUCUACAUCCCAAUCCCAAAGAAGGGCAGUGCCAAAGAAUGCUCCAACUACCGCACAAUUGCACUCAUUUCACACACUAGCAAGGUUAUGCUUAAAAUUCUACAAGGAAGGCUCAAGCAGUAUGUGGACCGAGAACUCCCAGAAGUGCAAGCUGGAUUUAGAAGAGACAGAGGAACCAGAGACCAAAUUGCAAACAUGCGCUGGAUUAUGGAGAAAGCUAGAGAGUUCCAGAAAGACAUCUACUUCUGCUUCAUUGACUAUGCAAAAGCCUUUGACUGUGUCGACCACAGCAAACUAUGGCAAGUUCUUAAGGAAAUGGGAGUGCCUGAUCACCUCAUCUGUCUGCUGAGAAAUCUCUAUGUGGGACAAGAAGCUACAGUUAGAACUGGAUAUGGAACAACUGAUUGGUUCAAAAUUGGGAAAGGAGUACGACAAGGCUGUAUAGUGUCUCCAAGCUUAUUUAACUUAUAUGCAGAAUUCAUCAUGCGAAACGCUGGGCUGGAUGAAUCCCUAGCCGGAAUUAAGAUUGCCGGAAGAAAUAUCAACAACCUCAGAUAUGCAGAUGACACAACCUUGAUGGCAGAAAGUGAGGAGGAAUUAAAGAACCUUUUAUUGAGGGUGAAAGAGGAGAGCGCAAAAUAUGGUCUGAAGCUCAACAUCAAAAAACGAAGAUCAUGGCCACUGGUCCCAUCACCUCCUGGCAAAUAGAAGGGGAAGAAAUGGAGGCAGUGAGAGAUUUUACUUUCUUGGGCUCCAUGAUCACUGCAGAUGGUGACAGCAGUCACGAAAUUAAAAGACGCCUGCUCCUUGGGAGAAAGGCGACGGCAAACCUAGACAGCAUCUUAAAAAGCAGAGACAUCACCUUGCCAACAAAGGUCCGUAUAGGUUCAAGCCAUGGUUUUCCCAGUAGUGAUGUAUGGAAGUGAGAGCUGGACCAUCAAGAAGGCUGAUCGCCGAAGAAUUGAUGCUUUUGAAUUAUGGUGCUGGAGGAGACUCUUGAGAGUCCCAUGGACUGCAAGAAGAUCAAAUGCAUCCAUUCUUAUGGAAAUUAGCCCUGAGUGCUCACUGGAAGGACAGAUCGUGAAGCUGAGGCUCCAAUACUUUGGCCACCUCAUGAGAAGAGAAGACUCCCUGGAAAAGACUCUGAUGUUGGGAAAGAUGGAGAGCACAAGGAGAAGGGGACGACAGAGGACAAGAUGGUUGGAUAGUGUUCUCUAAGCUACCAGCAUGAGUUUGUCUAAACUGCAGGAGGCAGUGGAAGACAGAAGUGCCUGGCGUGCUCUGGUCCAUGGGGUCACGAAGAGUCGGACAUGACUAAACGACUAAACAACAACAACAUGGAAUGUGUUCCUAGAAUGUAUCAAUCUUUGUGUACUUACUUAAAUGUGUGUGUGUGAGAAUAAAUCUGGUAGUCCAAGUUUUCUUUUUUUAGAGAUCAGUGAUGAGGGGCUGAAAAAUUUCCAGUUAUGGACCACAGGUAUGAAGUUUACAGCAUGUAAUGCCAUAAGAGAGAAUAUUAUGAAAAUGAUUUACAGGUGGUACAUGACACCAGUCAAGCUUGCAAAAAUCUACCAUUUGCCCGAUAAUAAAUGUUGGAAAUGUAAAGAAACUGAAGGCACAUUCUUUCACCUUUGGUGGACGUGCCCAAGGAUUAAGGCUUUCUGGGAGAUGAUUUAUAAUGAAAUGAAAAGGGUAUUUAAAUAUACCUUUCUGAAGAAACCAGAGGCCUUUCUCCUGGGCAUGGUCGGCCAAAUGGUGCCAAAGAAGGACAGAACUUUCUUUAUGUAUGCCACAACAGCAGCAAGAAUACUUAUUGCAAAGUAUUGGAAGACACAAGAUCUACCCACUCUGGAAGAAUGGCAGAUGAAGGUGAAGGACUACAUGGAACUGGCGGAAAUGACUGGCAGAAUCCGAGACCAGGGAGAAGAGUCGGUGGAAGAAGAUUGGAAGAAAUUUAAAGACUAUUUACAGAAAUACUGCAAAAUUAAUGAAUGUUAGAAUGAUGUCAGAAUGAAGUUAAGUGGUUUUAGUAGCAAUGUUAUAAAGGUGUAUGUAAAAAUGGAUUGUUAACAGGUGAGAAUCUAAAGCUAUAAUAAGUUAAGUUAAAGGAUUAAGAUAAAAAUAAAGAGGGAAAGGAAUUGCUGAAUUAAUUAACUGAACUGGAAUACAAAAAAGGGAGGCGAGAGGAGGUCAGGGAAACAAGUAAAUGAAAUGUAAGGUAUGGGAAGAUUGAUUUGUUUUUUAAGUCUCUUUUAUUUUUUCUGUAUUUUGUAUUUUUUCUUUUCUCUAUUUUUCUUUUUCUUAUAUAUGUAACCUUUUUUUGGAAACCUUAAUAAAUAUCAUUUAAUUUUUUCCCCCCAGUGUUUUGUUGUUGUUGUUAUUAUUAUUAUUGCAGAAAAAUUCCCAUUAGUAUACAUUAGUAACAAUGAAUGGAUGUCAGUUGCAAAUACCAUACAAUUAAAGUCCAAUUUUAAAGUUUUUAGUUUGUUUAUUAAAUGCAAAUAAACAUUCUGAAUUAGAUCAUUCUUGAAGGCAUCAGGAAAUUCUCUGAUGCAAAUUAACCUAACUCAUUUUCUUUCUCCAGAAAAUCUACAAAUGGGACUUGGUAGCUAUUCUACUGUAGCUCUGGCCGACCUUUGCUCAGCAUUGACCUGCCUGGGAGUUGCUUCUUCAAAGGCAGAGAGUUGUAUCCCUGAACAAAGCAAUGAAGUGAUUAUAAUCUAUUUCUAAAUGUAGGUCAUGACUGCUGUCUGAAAUGACAUGUAGUGGGCAGUCAAUGAGAUGACCUCAGGUUCCUUUCUGAGCUGUAUUCUGGAGAUCCUCAUGUACAACUAGGAAGCUAGUGAGUGACUUAAACUCACAUGUUAUUUUUGCUUGAAAAAUUUCUUAUACAUAAAGAAGUUAAGUGUCCCACAAAGGCAUCAAUGCAUGUUCCCUGGGUGGAAAAAUCCUAAAUGGAAAAGUAGCAUUUUAUAUUGGCACAUAGCAACUGUGCAGAAUUGUUGGCUGAAAAAAAAUUGACAUCAGUUCCUAGCUAGCAGUCAUUGUUCAACCCCUUCUCUUUUGGUCUCUUGUUCUUUGGGAACAAGUGUUCCUUUAUCAGUGUCCCUGGCCCUCUGGAGAGAAUGAUACCCAACAGCUUGCAUCCCUUUCUGUAAGUAAUCCAAUGUGCUCUGGUUUCAAGAAAGCAAGAAACAGCUGUACUCUGUCACAGCUUCCUAAUUUCUCUGUGCCCAAGCACAAAUGCGGGAAAUUCUUUCCCUUCUUUAAGCCCUCUGCAUGUGCCAGAGGAUUUGGGGUAGGAAUGAGUCAGGCUAGUAAAUCAAGCUAAUAUCUGUAGGCCCCUGGUGAACAAUGCCUCUUUCCAAGGAGAUCCGUUGGAUAUUCCUUCUUGUGAGUUUGGAUUGAUGUUGGCUAAGUACGUUUAGUGACCCUUGCUAUGAGGAGCAUAUUCCCACAGAAAGUUCUGGACAACUGAUGUUCUAGAGUUGACUAUAGUAUACAACCAUUUUGUGUAUCUUGAGAGUAUGUGAGGUUUAGUGAUUUCAGGGUUUUUUGGGGUGAUAGAUUUUAUUGUAGUAUGGUUUUGUCGGUUUUUUUAAUUGGAAAAAGUUAAGUAUUCAGUGUUUGCAAGAGGGGCUGUGUAGAAAUAUAACCUUUGUAAAGUAAAAAUAUUUGAGUAGGAGGUUUUAAAGCUGAUUUUGGGGGUGAGGAGGUAACAGAGAUAUGAGGUUGGAUCGAAUAGAUUGGAGACAGAAUUCCUGGCAUGGUGGAUUUAAUCAAGUCUCUUAUAUGAGUUCCCACUUAAAUAGGGUGGCUUUAAUAAGUGUCACAUGCAGACUUUUCUGUAAAAAAAUACUAUGAUUGCAGUAAGACCAGUCCAUUAAAAACAUGUUUUCGUUAAUCACUUUGUUGAAUAAAGAUUAGCCCAAUGCAAUCUUAAUUUUGUGGUUUAUUACAAAUGUAAAUAAAGUCUUGCUGAGCUUGUAGUUCAGUUAUAAAGAUUACAGUUUACAGUACCUAGCAAAAAAAGUGGUUACUGAGAAUGUUAUAUUAAUGUCAUGAGAAUAUUGGAAAAAGAAUAAUGUGAAUUUAAAUAAACCUGUGGGCAGAUCUGCAUGCACAUGCAUAGGGAAACCAAAGAUUUCAGAGAAUGCAGAUGCGGUUUAGGGUCAAAACAUGUUUCUACAUAAUUCAUUACCUUCUUUAAUCUGAAUUUUGGUAACUAGGGGUGGGAAUUAUGCACUGACCCCAACUUUCCUGUGUGUGUGUGUGCAUCUUUGACUCUGUCCCCCUCUCUUGCAGGUAGCACGGCUGAGUACAGCAUGGUUCUGGAAGGAAGAUGGGUUCUACUCGUGUGACUGCCAAGGAGCUAUGUGAAAUUGAUGAUCUAGCUACAACACUCAUUCUCGACUCCUACCUCGGCUUUAAGACCCAUAAGAUGAACGUAAGGUGAGGGCCUAAGGUCUCAAAGACCCAAGAAGAUUCCACUUGCAACACAGGGCAAAAUAGAAAUUGAGGGGGAGUGGUGAGGCUUGGGAUUGAGGGGGAUAAGGAAAGCAGUGUGUUUCAAAGCAAACCCAACUCCUCUCUCUUUCUUAUCCCUUCAGCCCACUCCCAGCCAUCAGAAGAAAGCACCAUUUGCGGGAAGCAGUAGAAGCUUUCCGGAAGCGCAAGGACCUAGACAUGGCAUAUCAGGCCUUGAUGCAAGGUGGAUGGGCCUGCCAGUACUUUGCGAAGCGGAGCCGUCAGCAGGAGGCUGCCUUCAAGACUCAUGUACAGCUCUUUUACCUCUUUGCUACCUCUUUGCUAUUUCGGGAGAGGGAGGGUGAGAAAGAUGUCAAAAUCUGAAAGUGAGCAUGGGAGGGAUUGUUUUUGCUUCAGAUAUGUGAAAGAGCCCUUGGGUCGUAUUUCACAGGAACCUUUACACCAACAGAGGUCAUUAAUUAGCAAUGCUAAUCCUCAAAAUAGUUCUUCAUGACACAUACCUGCUGACACUGCUAGGUCAAUUAGUCCAGACAUUCCACAAGUGAUAACAUUGACAUUCUUGAUGUAUCCCUCCAGCAGUUUUAUGUUGCAGUUUCCCUUUUAAAUGUGGAUUUUAAAAAAAUAAUAUGAGUGGCAGUUUUGGCUGUCUGUUCUUCUCCGAAGCACUUUCUCUAAUGCCCCACUCCCCAUCAGAUCCUUUUUUUGCUCCGGCUGAUGGAUAGGAAGACUAUGAUAGCUCCUUGGUUCUUAGGAGAAGCAUUGGCUAGACUUCUGAUGAGGGGGUAAGCAGGGAGCCAGAAUUACUAACUAGGAGCCAAUUGUUUAUCUCUUUUCUACAGAUAUUUCGUUACCUUCGCAUCUUCCUUCCUGAGAGUGGUUUUGCCAUCAAGCGCUGUACCCGGUAUUCCCUGGAAAUAAAUGGUGCCCGUGUGGUCGCUACAAAAUCAUGGUAGGGUGUGGUGGUUUGACACCCUUUCCAUGUAACACCCUUCCACUUGCUAGUAUUAUGUAACCUUAUAUGGCUUACAGUAAUGAUGAAAACAUUGAAAUGCAAUUUAUAAAUCAUAAAAACAAGAACAAACAAUGCAACAGAAAAUAAAAACCAUCUCAAAUCCUCAAGCAAUAUCAAUAGUAUUUUAACGCAAUUCUAAAAGUUUAAAUUAAAACAUUUUUUUUAAGUCCUGGGAAAAUAAAAAGCUUUCCAGCUGGCACCAAAAACCACCAGGAAGAUAUUUUUGGCUAGCAGUUGCCCCAGCUGACAAAGUGUCAAAGUGACUUAAGCAGAUGUGCAGCGCAAGGAGCCCAGGGGCACCCCACUCCACCCAAUGAAAUCCUAAACUCUUAGUAAACUAAAUAGAGCAACAACAACAAAAAUGCAGGUAGAAUGCAAGCAGGGGUGUAGAAACUUUCCAGUGUUUUGCACUGUUGGUAACAUGUAUGACUAUCUCCCUCUUGGACAGAAGUUGUUGGUGUUCUGGAGGCUCAAUGAGCUGUUGAUUCUCUGGGGGAAAGUUCUCAAAAAGGCCCUACAGUGGUACCUCGGGUUACAUAUGCUUCAGGUUACAUACGCUUCAGGUUACAGACUCCGCUAACCCAGAAAUAGUAGCUCGGGUUAAGAACUUUGCUUCAGGUUGAGAACAGAAAUCGUGUGGCAGCGGGAGGCCCCAUUAGCUAAAGUGGUGCUUCAGGUUAAGAAGAGUUUCAGGUUAAGAACGGACCUCCGGAACGAAUUAAGUAUGCAACCAGAGGUACCACUGUAUUCCCAAUCUAUAAUGCAGGGAGGGAACUAAUAUUCAGUAAAGUGAACUUAAAUUUGCCCACCAUCCUCACCUACUGUACACUUAUGGGGAGCAUGACAGCUAAUCUAUGAUGCUUGUGUCUUUCUCCCUGCCUAUAAGGAAAAAGAAUGACAAACUGGAGCUGCUGGAGGGUUAUAUUACAGAGCUAACAGAGCCAGACGAGAGUCUCCUGCGGACUGGUGAAAAUGACUUCAGCAUCAUGUAUUCCACACGCAAACAGUGUGCCCAGCUAUGGCUGGGGCCUGCAGCCUUCAUUAAUCAUGGUAUGUGGAAUGUGCAGCUGGUCCUGGCUCUGCCUCUGAAUCGUUGUUCCAUAGAUCUUCUCAUAACUUCUGCACCUCCCAGAGUUCUAGUGCCCUACAGCCCUUUGACUCCAUCUCUGCAUUUUGUUUUUCCAUUAAUUUUACUGUUCAUGUGGGCAUACAAUGUAGACUAUGAAUUACCAUAAUCUAUCUGAUGUGGGUGGGGGAAUGAGGAACCAGGACCCCUGCCGUAUUAGCAGUUCCCUACUUGGGGAACUUUUGCACACUUCCAGUGCUGAUUUACAUUUUGUUUAGGCAACAUGGCUUCUUUUCUGCUACUCUAAUUAUAAUACCAAGGUCUCCAUGAGUGUUAUUGAAAGCAGUAAAUAAAUGUGCAAAGGUCCAAGUAGCUUCUACAGAAGAAAUCCAGACAUUUAGAUCCAUCAUAGCUGCUUUCCUGUAUGCAUGAAACAUACCAUAACUGCUGGAUGUGAUUUAUGUGCAGGUAUAGCAGGUCCCAGAUUAACACCAGAAAGUCCCUUUCAGUAUGGAAUGAAAUUGCAACAAAUUGUUUUUUUUAAAUACUUUUAUUGAAGAAAACAAUUAAACCAAUGUAUGUCCAUAGAGUAUCUCAUUAUAGUGCAAAUUAAAAUAUUGAAUUCAAAGGUGUCCGUUUAACUGCCUAAAUCAGAAAGAACAGAUAUUCAAUUCCUUCAGUUGAGUUUAUCAAACUUCCAUGUGUUUGUCUUGGAAGACAACACUUUUUGUUUCAUAAUUGUUUUUAAAUUUUUCAAUAAAGUUUGUAAAGGCAAACAAAAAAACCAAUAACUUCAAUCUUAGCAGCUUGUGGGACCCAUCAGAAACCAAUCCAUAAUAGAGAGGAUCGAAUAAAGUUUCCAGUACUCAUUCCAAGCUACUUGUAAAAGGUUCCUUUUCUAAAUCUGGUACAUAAUUUGAUUUUUAGUAUACACUUCCUAAGGAUUCUGUCUAUUUUGGCGAGUACAGGAAGAAUGUAAGGAGGAUUGGGAAUGAGUAUUAAGAUAAGUGGGGUGUAGGAACAGGUUUGCUUAAGAUGUUAUAUGUAUUUUUAAUUAGCUUUCAAGUUGGUAGGCUUUUUGUUGGAAUUAAUUGAAAAGUGAAGAAAUUGGUCAUUCCAGUGAAGUCUAGGGUGCAAUCAGUUGGUACAUUCCAUAGGAAACUGACUUAUAGCAGUCAGACUAUUUGAUCAUUGGUCCCAGCAUUGCCUACUCUGACAACAGUUCUCCGGAGUUCUUCCCACCAUCUACUACUACCUGGUCCUUCCAGCUGGAGGUACCAGGGACUGAACCUGGAACUUUCACUGAGCUAUGUUAGGUCCCUUCAUGAAAAGGCCAGUAAGAAUUAGUUUUUUAGAUUGCUUAUUUUAGCACCCCAUUUAUGUGACCUUGAAUGGAAACUUCUUUCCCCUCCCCAAGAGUUAUUAAUGGCUGAAAAGCCUACCCUUUUCUGGACUUCAGGUAACUAAGAUCAUGUGAUCACUGAAACUGGAUUUAGUUCUCUGUAGAAGGCAAGAAAAAUCCUACACAGUGCAGUUGAAAGUCUCCUCCCUCUCUGAAGCACACUGUUUUGUUCAGCUCCCCAUUCCCCAGAGGCUUUGGGAUUUCAGCAGGAGCAUCAAGCUAGUCUUCACAACCUUAGAAGGCUAGAAAGCUUAGAAGCUUGUCUUCAGAAAAAAGUGAGAGCGCUUAUUGGGGUACUAUGUUUAGACCCCACACCUGCCAGGGCAUGAUUUGAGGGCACACGAUGCAGUCACCCUCCUGAAGCGAAGCAGCUUUCAGUGUGAAUGGUACAUGGAUUGGUGUCUGGCUGGGAACUUAAUGAAUGCUGCCAUGUUAUUUCUUGACGGAAGGCUGGAAGGAAGUUAGGUUAUUAGUGAAAUGAUAAUUUACCCCAACUUGUAAUUGCUUUGAGAGAAAGCAGGAUGCAUUGUUGAAAAGCAGCAGCAUACUUUUUCUCUUCUAGCCUGUUGCUGAAAUGUAAAUAGUGUCUGAACAAGUGGACUAUCUUUAUAACUUGUCUCUGCUUUUUUUUUGAAAAUCUCUCUCCACUACUGCCUAUCCCCCACCCCAUAUAAUUUGUCCCUCACCGUGGAACCUCUCAGACUGCAGGCCCAAUUGUAAGGUAAGUCAUUUUGGCUUAUUGCUAGUAGAGGUGGCACUCCUUGUUUAAAAUUCUGAGGCUUCGCAUUUGGUACAAGCCACACAAACUCAUUCCUAGAAAUCAUUUAUUAUUGUGGUGUUUGCUUUGGGUGUAGGAUAUGUUGGAAGAGGUUGAAAAAGGAAGCAAGUAAUACCUUGUAAAUAUUUGGGAGAGGAAGGAAGCUGUAUGACUUACAAAAGUUCCCCCUGCCGAGUCCUGGCAGUUUCUCUCCUACUGCUUCUCCCACCCAGUUUCUCUUCUACUGCUUCUCAGGAUGCUGAGUUUCAGCCAUUGCUUCAGCAUCAUAAAGGCUAGAAGCAUGACCCUCAUUCCCCAUAGUUCAGGUCUAGAAAAAAAUAAAUUUAUUUGCCUCUUUUCAUACUAGCGUGCUGUUUCUGAGAAGUGCCUAGAAGCCCAGUGUCAAGAAUUUCUGUGUCUGCAAAUAGAGUCUUGUGAAAAUAAGAGCUGGGUCACUUGGGAUUUCUGAGAGGGAGGAAAGAGGAGGAGUCUGCUUGUUGUCUCCCUCCACACACCCCCGGAGAGCAUCCUGAACCUCUACAUUUCUGGGUUUUUUUCCUGUUUCCUGCUGUUCCUUCCCCUUGUACAUUGUUUGUCUCUGUACUGCAGUUUGUCCCAAUGGAUGGGAACACUGCCUGCGUCAAGGUGCUGCGGGACAUUGAGCCAGAUGAUGAGAUCACAUGCUUCUAUGGAGACGGCUUCUUUGGAGAGGACAAUGAGUUGUGCGAAUGCUACACUUGUGAAAGGUGAAGGCUGUGGGCAGUGAAGUCUUAAGGAAUCUCAGCUGGGGGAUGGGUGGUAUUUCUAGUGGUUUGAUACUAUUACCGUGCCUGUGAGUUGCAGACUGUCCAACUGCUCAGGUACAGAGAAGCUCCAUCCUCAAGGGAUAGGAGCGCUCCUGGGGUUGGUUGCUAGGUAGCACAGUUUGGAUGGCAGCUAUUUCCUCCUGGGCCGUCACAUAACCUUUUAAAGAGCAACAGCAGCACCUAAGGAUUGGGGGAGGAUAUUAUACAUACUCUUCCACAGGAGAUCAGUGAAUGAUCUCAUUUGUCCCCUUUCCCUUUUUCCUUCCUCCUUCCAUAAAAGCCUAUAAUGGUUGCUAUGUCUUGAUUUUCUCUUAUUAUUGGUUAUCUUGUAAAACCAGGCUUCAAGGGUGUGGGUGUACAUUUAUACACAUACAUACAAGCCAGAGUGAACUGCUUAGUAAAUGCAGAGCUCCAUUAUUGUGCAGUUACACACCUCACCCAAUUAUCAACUGUUUCCUCUUUCAGGAAGGGGGAAGGAGCCUACCGCCUCCUGAAUCAAACACCUCCACAAUCUACCUCAAUCAAUGAUAACUAUCUGCUCAGAGAGACAGAUGGCCGUCUACAGCGGUGGAAACGUCCGUCAUACAAGCUGGCCCGACUCAGUGUGAAAGUGGGAUGCAAGGCCCGGCGCAGGAAAGCAAAAAUACAUGGUGAGAUGUAUAAGGGUUGACUUGCUGAAACAAGAUUUUGUGGGUUGCAGUUCUGUAAGGUAACAUGUGGCUUGAGCAUCUGCUCAAUGUAGCCUUGCAAAAGAGAUGAGCCUGCUAGUUUGCACCCAUUUUCUCCCUCCCAUGCCUCAUCAAAUUCAGCACAAGAAAAAUUACUCUAGUGCUAUUACAGUGAUCUGUGUGGUGAGGAAAAAGAGUAGCACUUUCCCCUGAGUUGAAGUGGUGUUAAUAAAUCUUCUUUGGUAGACACAUGUUUCACAUCCACACGUUCUGUGAGUCUCAUGAAUUAGGGCCUUUAGACAGUGGCAAUAAUGCAUCUUAGUAGAUUUACCCAGCAACUAAACAUUCACACAGGUUUUUUAAAUGGGGUGCUUAUUGUGUGUGUGUGUGUGUGUGUGUGUGUGUGCGCACACACACACACACACACACACACGGAGAAUCAAAAUACAGUGGUGCCCCGCAAGACGAAUGCCUCGCAAGACGGAAAAACCGCUAGACGAAAGGGUUUUCCGUUUUGAAGUUGCUUCGCAGGACGAAUUCCACUAUGGGCUUGCUUCGCAAGACGAAAAUAUCUUGCGAGUCUUGAGAUUUUUUUUUCGCUUUUCCCCCCCUUUAUCUAAUCUGCUAAGCCUUUAAUAGCCUUUAAUAGCCUUUUAGCAGCUAAUCCCCUAAGCCUUUAAGCCUUUAAUAGCCGCUAAACCGCUAAUAGCACUAAUAGCGCUAAUCCGUCAAUGGGCUUGCUUCGCAAGACGAAAAAACCGCUAGACGAAGACUCUCGCGGAACGGAUUAAUUUCGUCUUGCGAGGCACCACUGUAUACAGUUGCAGCACUUCAAUGGGGAACAGCUAAUGAUGUGUAUAUUUUGGCAGUGGGGAAUAGCUCAGCAACAAUAUACACAGUUUUUUUGGUUUGGGAGAAUUAGCUAAGUAUUCAUGACUAAGCUAACACACAUACAUACAAGAAGGAGCAAGGAUACAGGGUGUAAGAGGAGGAGUGAGAAACUGGAGGUGCACUAGCCUGCUCUUUCUCUCUGGGCCCACUUGUCAGAGCAGGUCUCAGUAAUGCAUAACUGGGCAGGGAGUACCAGGAGGUGGCUUCUAAAACAGUCACACACAGCACUGAAGAUAGGAAGAGGGAGCAAAUGUGGAGGCUACAUUUUGUAGAGGAAAGAUCUCCAGAUUAUAGUAUAUGUAGCAAGAAAUAAAUUUCCCAGCCUUGGUAGACAAUCCUGAAGAAGUGGAACUGGGGCAUAUAGCUCCUGGAUUAGGUAGGAAAUAAAGGGACAAACAGACAAGCCAGAACCCUGAAAAGGGACUUCUGAGCAGCUGGCACCAGAAUCUCUACUUCAGGGAUCCAGAGAAGCAGGAACCAGGAGAGACUUGAAAAAGCAUUGAGCAGCUGCACCAAAUAGGGAACCUGGGAGGCAGCAAAGGAAAAGCAUGGGGAGAUAACAGUCAGACCCUGGGUUCUGUGCAGGCAGCAAGAGUGAUUUCAGCAAGUCAAGGUGACCGUGUAGUACCAGAAGUAUCUGUGAAGCCUAGAGUUUAUAUACCCUCAAAAACAAGAGUUCCAGAGCAACUGCAAUUCAUGGAUUUUGUUUUGCAGAGACAAGUGGUGACACUCACUCUUCAGCUAGUUUUAAUUAGUGGUCACAUUUCCAGAGGGGGCCCCUAUUGUAAUGAUAGCUGAUGGUAUCGUAUUGCCCAAACCCAUGUACUGUGCAUAUGACUUGCAGCAUCACCUCUACUGAGGUGUCCAAUUUAACUCUUAAAGGUACUUUUCAGGCAAAGGGUCCAGUGGUACCACUGCUUAAAUAGGUUACAGCUUGGGAUGGAUGGUGUGGUGGGGAGCAUUGCUCUUAGGGCUGACCUCCCUUCUCUUCCUCCAGCUGCUCUCCGCAGAUCCGCCUUUCGUUGGUACCUGAGGAUACUAAAGCCUUUAUGUAUCCCCCUGCACAACUGCUUGGGCUGCACAGCACGUAGCUGCAAGCUCAGUAAGCAGCCACUGGUGCAUCUGCAACGCUGCCCUCCUUCCAUGUUCCCUGCAUCACAUCUCCGCCGCUCUUCGCGCAGGAAGAGCAGCCACUUUGAGACCCAGCAAAGCUUCUUCUUCACAAGGACGUACAAUAGACCUGAGAGCCCGAGCUGGGCAGACCAGAGCGACUUGGUGGUGAAUCUUGGCAAGAGAGUUCCCCUGCACUGGGAAGGCUUGCGCAGAGAAGCGGUGCGUGGGAUUGGUGAGAGAGAACCACAUAGCAGCAACGGGGAGCUUAGCCAGGGGGCAGAGGAGCACUACACAGGAGAUGUGAAGAACCCCGCUGAGAUCAUGGGGUCUCAUGGAUCAGGAUCUGGGGAACUAUACCCAGGGGACCAAGAGAUCCUUGGCUCUACAGGCUCUUCCUCUUCUGGCCAGGUCUUAUGCAGAACAAGGAGCAUGACCCGACGCCAAACUUGGGAUUUGCCCAAACCCCAAGUCUCACUAUCAGCAGUAGACCCCAAACUUUCCCAGUAUGCUCAUGUCCGCUUGGAGACCCCCCUCUUUAGAGGCAGGCAGUACUGGCAGCAGCCCCCUCCAGACAAGGGGAAGGAGGAGCCGACAGAGGAGCAGCAUCCCCCAAAGCAAAUUGUUUCCUUUCCCCCUUUUGUGCCACCCAAGCGGUUUCGACUGGUCGUAAGCCACGGCUCCAUCAACCUUGAAGUGGCCUCCAACUCCUGUGAGGAGUUAUCUUGAUCUGGCUGGUCUCCAGGUCUUGCAAAGGCUCCCUCAGCUGCUUGCGGAAGCUUGAUCCUUGAUAAGCCAGGGCAAAACCCACCAACCAGAAUUUGCCUGAAAGCAUCUGUUGACUUUUUCAUCUUUGUCCCAAUCACCUUGUAUGGGGGUGAGAAACCAUCACUUUUGUUCUGUUGUGAUGCUCACAAAGGGCUCAAGGAUAUAUCUGUGCUAACAACACCAUCCUGUGUUCCAUUUCCUCUCGUUCUAAAGCAGAUUUACUUCCCGUUUUUCCUCUUUCCGGGGUGCUCCCUCCAUCACACUUGUACUCUCACUUUCCUUUUUAGAAGCACCCUCCACAACCAGGCCAAACCUUGAUCCAUUACCCCUGAAACUUAAGCCAUAUAGCAGGCUGCAUGGAUGUCUGGGAUUGACUCUCCCUGUCAUCUUACCGUGGAACUCCGCUUGCUUUCUCCCAGGCUCCUUUCACCUUUUGACUCCAGGUAUCCCAAUGCUCUAGUUUGUAGCAGUUCAACCAUGGAACUACAGACACACAUGGUGCUUUUGCUGUUUGUUGCCCCUAAGGAGGUUGUGAGGCUGGUGAGAGUGAAAUGACUGGCGGGUAAAGGAAGCCUACAUCUAAUCAGGGAAGCCUCUUUAAUUCUUUGUAAGAAAACCAGCAACCAGAAGUGCACAUGCGCAUGCAACCCAUGCCUAUUCAGCCCAUUUAGCCUGAUGACUGCUGUUUGCUUAAACAAGUUUAUCUAGGGAAUUACUCUUUCUUCUCUCCUCUUUCUCACUUUCUACCCCCUCCCACAAACCGCUUUUUAGGUGCCUACUGUUACAAGACAUCCACUUUUCUAGUUUUUAAAGCUGCUUUUGUAUUAGGUCUGUCUUGUCUCUCCUCCCUGCUGGGGCUUUUCAAUGAAUGUGUACUGGGGCUUUUUACACUGUUACUGACCUUUAAGGUAUUCAUGUUUUUAUACUUAGAUAUGGCUGAGGUUAAAUGGUUUUUUAGAAUACCAGUGAGUUUGAUAAUUUUAUGCAAAUAUUUCACACUGUAGUCAAAUGGUAGAGAAUGAAAUAAUUGAACUUUCCUAGCUCCGAUCAGAGGAUUCCUUGGCUCAGGGGCAUUGUGAUAAAGGACCUUCCUUCUGUGAGGUGCUGGCUUGGACUGGAUAAAUGGUUCUUACUCAUGUAGUAGUGGCUGGGUUCAGUUCAAAUGUCAUUGCAGUACAGUAAAUAGAUCAUCUGUAUUUUUGACCUGUGGUCCUGUCUGGCAGUUCUUGGGAUUUCCAGCCUCUUUCUGAGCUACGUUCAGCGGGGUACUUAGAAAUCUAGUUGAAGAUUAGCUGAAGAUGAGAAGCCAACAGGUGGGCUGUAUUGCAGCCAGUCUUUUUCGGAGAAUGCUUGCUUCAUUUUGCAGCCAUUUUCAUAGCGAGAUUUGUGGUGUUGACUUUGGAAAAAUCCAUAGCCAGGAAUCAGCAGGACCUGCUUUAACUUUCUCUUUUCUCCCUUCUUCGUCAGUUUUGUUUCCAAUUUGGUGCAUUUCAGUCUUAAUGCCUUCUCCAUAUAGCUUCUGAAAGAGACAGAUGUGCAUCUGUGAGUCACUGCUGUUUAAGGCUGCAAUUCUAUGCACACUUGGGAGUAAAUCCUUUUAAUUUGGUGAGAGUUCCUUCUAACUGUGGAUAGCAUCUGUCUUCUGGAUGAGUUUUUGAGCGCUGAAACAGAGAAAUCUGUUUUUUAGAGCUGCUUCUAGAGUUUUGCUUGGUAUCUGUGUUGGAUAUAUAUUAUAAUCCAGACCUUCUGUUUUUAAUAGUUCUGCCAAGUACCAGUACUGAUUUUUUUUAAAAAAGUGAUAUUUAGGCAUUUGUAGGUAAGAGUUUCAAAAGCACAACUGCAGCUAGAAGGAGCUGUAGCUGCUCAUUCUGUCACAAUAAGGAAAUUGUAUUUAUAGUGCAGGGAUAAUAUUUUGAACUUGGUUGUGUGAGUGUGAGGACUUAGCUGUGGAGAAGGGUAUUUUCCUUCACAACAAAAAGGCUGAAAAUCCACAGACCUUCAGUCAUGAGCAUUUUCAUUAAUGGAUCUGAGAGGGAGUCCAUUAUCUGUGUUGUGGAGAAUGUUGGUAGAUACUUGCAACUGCAUAUUCAUGUGAAGGCAUGAUAAUUUUGUUAAAUAAACAAAAACAUAAGAGAAACUUGCACAACUAGGUAACAUAAACAACACUCUCUUUCAUAUAUCCUCUUUAUGCUGGUAAUUUGAGCUGUUUCCACCAUCAUUCAUAUUAAUCUGCAAAGUUGCCUUUGUGCACAUUCUCUAUUCCACUCAACUUGAACUUCACAUAUGUAUAUACAAAGUAGAGCUGAAAAGUGUCGGUCUGUCAAAGCACACUAAUAGUGUGUUGCUCUUUAAAACAGUUGAUAUACAGCUGAAAUUGCACAUCUUUUCCUGCUCUCUUCAGUUCACUUUAUGUAUGUUAAUACAUAUUUCAGACAUUUCCCCCCAUUACUUCUCUAGUUGUUUAAUACCAGUUUUGUUUGUUGUGGACAAACAAUCCCAGUAACUACCUGCCUUCUCAGUAGUCACGCCCACCCUGUGGAACGCCCUCCUGUUACAUGUCAAGGAAAUAAACAACUAUCUUACUUUUAGGAGACAUCUGAAGGCAACUCAGUCAGAUGGGCAGCUAAUAAAUUAUUAUCAUCAUCCUCAUCCUUAUCCUUAUCCUUAUCCUUAAUUGUUUAGGUACAGUGACUUGUGGUGCAAGUUAUGUGGUUUAUGGUGCUCAUUUUGUGCUGAUAUGUGAUUCUGUGCCAAUAGUCUUGACCCAAAUUUUCACGUUACUAUGAGAUAGUAAUCCUCUUGUUUGGAGAAAGAGUAUGCUUCAUCAGAACACACUACCAAACAUUUACAGUAAUAAUAUUGAGAAAUAUUAUGAGGUGUGCAUUUUCACUUGUAUAUCACUGUUUGUGCUAAAAGUUGAUCUUUUUUCCUGCCCCUUGCAGCUGAUUUUGGCCCUUGCUGCUGGGAGCGCCCAUGCUUCCUUCCCUGUCUGCUACUCUUGUCAGUUUGUGUUGUUCCAUGUUUGUUAAUAGUAGCGGAUUAGUGCACAGCCUUUAGGUAGUACUGCUGGGGUGGGGUGGGGUGGGGUGGGGUGGGUAAAGAGAACGGAAGGGGGUGAGAUGAUCAAGGGCUUUGUUUUAGGGAAAGGUUUGGGGUGGGAAGGGUGGAUGUUGCUAGCCAGGACACUGAAUGCUCCUGUUGGAGGACAGGCUGGGGCUCAGUUUUCACCUGUUGGUGCCUCGUGUUUACCCAUCUUUUAAGGUGGAUUUACUCUUUAAGCUACCUCGCUUUGAGAGGGGGGGCAUCAAGUCAUCCCUUUAGGCUCUGUCUCUGAUCUUCUUUGCUUUCAGUCCUGUGUCUGUUGAGUCUUUUCUCCAUGGCUUUCACAUGGGUGGAGGGUUGCUUGUCUUUAAACCUCAAGAGUGGUGAACCCAGUUUUCUUUGACUCUUGCAUCCUAUCUUAAACAGCUUCUCUGUCUCAUUCCCAUAAAAAACUUUGUCAUAGCUAGCCCUUGUCAUUCUGCCUCUGCAUACUUCACUCUCCACACACACACCGACAUACCCUUGUAUGUUAGCAUUGCUUCUUCCAUCCUCUGUAAGGUUUAUAAAGCAUGCUUUUGGCCUGGAGCCAAUCUGUUCUCUUUUCAAAAGAAGACCCCACCUCCCCUAAAAUUGUGCUCAGGGAGGUGUCAAGGCACCUUGACCCUUGCCAGGGAUGGAGGAUGAAGAAACUGUGUGAACUGCCCUGAAAUCUUUUGAUGGAAGGGCAGUAUAUAAAUUUAAUAAAUAAACAAGCUAGGCACUGGGAAAGGUCUCUGGAUGGCCGGGUUCCUCAGGGAGUAGUGGAGUGGAGGGCUUUAGAAUAUCACCAUCUGCUCUAAUAUUUGCAGUUUUGAACUGCAGUGUGUCAUUUAUAGAACUUAUCUCUUGUGGCAAGUUAGCUGCUAACUCCAGCUCAAAAUCUCCUUUGUAAGGGAAUGGAUUGCUCAUGCCAUAGUAUACAGCAACUAAAGUGAAGCUUAUGUCGCUGCUCUACCUGCCUCCUCCUAAUUUCCCCAAUGCUUUUUAGGGCUUUUCCAGCACUUGUUCGUUCACUUUAGGAUUAGAGUUUUUUAUAAUGAACUUGGGCAAGUCUGGAUUUUUUUUUAUUUUCACAGGAAAGAAGAUGCUGGAGUGUAUUCAACAGGGCUAUAUGUACUCUGCAAUAAAACAAAUAUCUAGGCCAACAUAAACCAAACUCUGAACCUGUAUAAAUUGUGAAGAUCCAGUUUUCCUACUGUUAUUUUGUUUCUGUUUUGUUGGUCUGGACUGUGUACGGUCACUGGACAUUUUGAAUAGGCUCCCUCCCACCCACUCCACCUUUCUGGCUUUUGAUACUUCACAUACUUUCAAACCUGUCAUCACAGCCUUAAGGUCUAGAAACUUCCAUGGAAGAGUUCAGCUUGGCUUGCACCCAGUCUCAGAUUUGACAUGUGCAGGAUGAUGCUGGAACAUGUACAGUCCUGGCUUAGGAACUGGGAGUGGGUGGGGGAGGCAGGGGGCCUUUUUAAUAGUGCUAUAUUGGAGAGGGUGGUUGGAGGGUGCUCUUGACUCCAGGAGUGGGAAGCUUGAGGCCUCAGGGUAGUUCCUAUCCCCGUGAUCAGGCCGGUAUCCUGUAGGGGCGUGAAGGCAGAAACUUGUGGUUUUGUAUUUUUCAUGGUGUGUGUAUGUGUGUAUUAGGGGAGCGUAAUACUUUUUAAAAUACUUGAUUGGAAUAAAGUCUUUUAAAGCUAUUCCUCUGUCUUGGUGAUGUGGCACUUAGUGCAUGAGCAGGUCAAUUGCAAGAGGAGAUUGUAGUUGCAUUUGCUGUUAACAGUUGUUUGCAGAGUAUUGGAUCAUUUCAAAAGGCAUGGUUCAUUUGUCUUAAGCCUGACAUUCUCCAAGGGUAAAAAAAAUAAAUGCUUUUCUAAAAAAUGGACUGGUUGAUCAAUGGAAGAUCAAUAAAUGCUUUU